GAUCAACAGGAUGUUACUAGCAACUUCCUUGGAGCAAUGUGGUUGAUUUCAAUAACUUUUCUAUCCAUUGGAUAUGGUGACAUGGUACCUAAUACUUACUGUGGGAAAGGAGUCUGUUUACUCACUGGAAUCAUGGGUGCUGGGUGCACUGCACUGGUGGUAGCUGUGGUGGCAAGGAAGUUAGAACUUACCAAAGCUGAAAAACAUGUGCAUAAUUUCAUGAUGGACACCCAGCUAACUAAAAGAGUGAAAAAUGCAGCGGCCAAUGUACUCAGGGAAACAUGGUUAAUUUAUAAAAACACAAAGCUGGUUAAAAAGAUAGACCAUGCGAAAGUAAGGAAACAUCAACGCAAAUUCUUGCAAGCUAUUCAUCAAUUAAGAAGUGUAAAAAUGGAACAAAGGAAACUGAAUGAUCAAGCUAACACUUUGGUGGACCUGGCAAAG